AUGGAUGCAGGGGCUUCAUUUUCCUCGAAUAGCCUUCAUGUUGCCAUGAUUCCAUGGCUCGCGGUGGGUCACAUCACCCCCUACUUCGAGCUAGCUAAGAUAUUUGCUGAAAAGGGUCAUUUGGUGACCUUCAUAAGCACCCCAAAAAACAUUGAUCGCAUGCCCAAAACCCCAAAACACUUGGAACCAUUCAUUACAUUCGUGAGCCUUCCCUUGCCACAUGUAGAGAAUCUCCCAGAAGGUGGAGAGAGCACGAUGGACGUUCCCACCAACAAGAGCUACUACCUCAAGUUGGCAUACGAAGGUCUCAAAGAUGAUAUAGCCAACUUGCUCAAAACUUCAAAACCCGAUUGGGUAUUCUACGAUUUUGCAACUGAGUGGUUACCACCAAUAGCUAAGGCCCUCAACAUUCCUUGUGCACAUUACAACAUUACCCCAGCAUGGAACAAAGUGUUCUACGAUCCACCCAAGGAUCAACUGAAGUCAAAUUUUACGAUUGAAGAUAUGUGUGGCCCCCCCACGUGGCUUCCUUUUCACACCAAUGUUCGUCUAAGGCCUCACGAAAUCAUGAGAGCAGUGAGUGCUAUCACAGACGAGAACACAGGAAAAAGGGCAACGUUUGAUCUCAGCAAAGCAUAUUCUAGUGGUGACAUGUUUCUUCUCAGAACAUGCAGAGAACUCGAAGGAGAAUGGUUAGAUUAUCUUGCAAACAGAUACAACAUCCCCAUUGUUCCAGUGGGUUUGGUUCCACCCUCUAUUCACAUAAGAGACGUUGAAGACGAAGACAACAGCCAGGACUGGGUCACAAUCAAAGCCUGGUUAGACACACUAGAGCCCUCUUCUGUGGUUUACGUAGCUUUUGGGAGCGAGUUGAUUCUGAGUCAGCAAGACCUCACCGAGUUGGCUCACGGCAUUGAGCUUUCUGGGUUGCCAUUCUUUUGGGCUUUGAGGAUUCUGAAAGCAGGAAUACUUGAGUUGCCAGAAGGGUUUGAAGAGAGAACCAAGGAUCGGGGCAUUGUUUGGAAGACUUGGGCGCCUCAAACUAAGAUAUUGGGUCAUGAAGCUAUUGGGGGUUGCAUUUGUCACUGUGGUAUUAAUUCUCUCGUUGAGAUGCUUAAUUUCGGGCACGUUCUUGUGACCCUGCCCUAUUUGCUAGACCAAGCUUUGUUCGCAAGGGUUCUAGAAGAAAAGAAAGUGGCUAUUGAGGUAACAAGGAGUGAGCAAGAUGGGUCGUUUACUAGAGACUCCGUGGCCAAGGCAUUGAGGUUUGCCAUGGUAGAUGAGGAAGGAAGUACUUUGAGGAAAAAUGCGAAUGAAAUGGGAAAGAUUUUCAGUUCUGCGGAUCUUCAUAAUCAAUACAUUGACGAUUGCAUUGCUGCUCUUCAAAAGCAUAAGAUUACUUCCAGCACCUAA